AUGACAACAGCAGCCCUCGACCCCAACGUCCACCUCACCUACCUGGCCGAAGGCGCCGCAAACAUCGUCUACAGGAUCCAUCCGCCUCUUAUUACCAGCAUAGUCAAUCCUACGAGCCCAAGCACGCCGCCUUCAACAGAACUCGAAUCAUACGGUCCGUCAACACCACCGCCUACAGAAGUCCCAGAACCAUCUUCCCCAGACCUCUAUAAAGGCCACCUCCUCCGCCUCCGUAAAUCCGCUGCCUCUUCCGUCCCGGUCCAAGAAUCCCACGUAGCCUUCAUAACGAAGAUCGCGCCUCUGUUCCCCGCCGAGAGUCUCGUUUCCCAGACGCUGAUUGUCCUUCCACCAGGGCUGCUUAAGCGUCUGAACUCUGAGCUUCGUGGCUUAGACGGGGUGGGGACGAGGGCGACGAAACGUAGAGGCACUUAUCUGGAUGAAGAAGAGGAGUAUGGCCGGCUGGUGGGAGAUAUGACUGGCGAUGGCAAUGGCGAUGGCGAAGGGGAUUGCGUAGCCUUAGAGUUCAAACCGAAAUGGCUCGUGCAGUCGCCCACUGCGCCGAAAGAGGCGAGGAGAUGCAGAACGUGCGCUUUGAGUGCCAUGAGGAUCGCGGCAUCCUCUCGAGGGACAGCGUGGAAAGGAGUGUGUCCACUGAAACUGCUGGCUGGGAAUAUAGAAUCCGCGAGGGAGGCAGUAGAUAUUAUCCUCAAAAGCAGAGCCGCGGAUGAAAGGGUGAGCACUAGGCUGGUGGAAUUUAUAUGCACGAACGAGUUGGUUAAGAAGUUGCGACAAUUACAGGAGCAGUGGGAUCGGCAGGGCGUGCUGGGAAGGAGAGAGGUGGAUGAGGACUUGAGCAUGGCUAUGACUGUGAGGGAUUGUACGCUUUUUUUGAAGAUACCCACGAAUCCAACCAUGCCAAUCGAGGCACGUCUCGGCGACCUCGAUCUCAAGCCCACCACGAGGGAGAAACUCCUGUAUUGGCAAAACAUCGAGCGGCGCUUGAUCGACGAGGGAUGGUAUACUACGACUGAAAAGGGUCCCGCUAUGGGAAGGAAUCACUGUCGACUUGCUGAGACAUGCUAG